CCAUGCUCAACGGAGAGAUCACAAACAAUCUUCUCUCUUAUUUUUUUUGCUCCCAACAUCCCAACAAUAUAUUCAUUCUCUCUUUCCCAUAUUCACCCUCUGUGAAGUGAAAAGAUAAAAAAAAAAGGUCCAUUCAACUGGAUCUCGCUUUAUCCAUUCCGCUACACCAAUAAUACAGGAAUUCAACAUCUCUGUUUCAGCGAAGCACCUAUUGAUAUUUCCACUAACUAAAUGGAUUCAGAACUUCGUAUUCGUAAACCAGCAAUACCCAAGGAAGAUGAAGAACUAACUUCUAGUGAAGACCAAAAUCAAGAGUCAACGCCUCGUCCUGCGAAUGGAACUCGUACUCAAGUCCUGAGCGAUGAAUUGACUGAGUUCCCAAAAGGUCAUAAACUGACAGCAACACAGAAGGAGAACCUAGUCAAAGAAUCUGCGGAGACUGCGUAUGGGAAGACACCCAACGGCACCAUUUUUCGCGUACCCGUGACUAGAGACAUGGUCUCGGAGCUAUUCGACAUUUCGAAGCGUAAAUCACUGUUCGAUGUACUCACCCUAACAGUUAUGGGGAUCCAGGUUUUACUGUUUAUAACCUUACCCUCAGCUAUCAGGCGAUGGUUUUUCUUACUCCUGUUUGUCAUUUUCAGAUCAGGCUAUAAUGCUGGGUUGGGUUAUUUGCUCAAACUUCAGAGUGAUCAUCGAGGUUUAGUCGUUUGGGCAAGAGAAAAGGGUAUCUUUGACAAACGACGCGACAACCCAUGGUACAGCUGGCUCAAACAAGAGUUGAGUUGCAAGAUGGGCCCUGAUUAUCGUUUCGAUUCCGUACCUAUCGAAUAUAACACAUGGCUUCUAUUUCGUCAACUGGUCGACCUGAUUUUGAUGAACGACUUUACAUCGUAUGUCUGCUUUGGAUUGUCCUGGCUGACAUUCCCUGUCGGGUCAGGAUUUAUUAGCCAUCUACUACGCUGGGUUGGAGGAUUGGUCUUAUUGUUGUUUAAUAUCUGGGUCAAGCUGGAUGCCCAUCGAGUCGUGAAGGACUUUGCAUGGUACUGGGGCGACUUUUUCUUCUUGAUCGAGCAGUCAUUAACAUUCGAUGGCGUGUUCGAGAUGGCCCCUCAUCCAAUGUAUUCAGUUGGCUAUGCAGGAUACUAUGGUUUGUCACUUAUCACUGCAUCAUACAUGGUUCUUUUCGUCUCUCUCUUUGCUCAUGCGGCCCAGUUCGUGUUCUUGACUCUGGUUGAAAAUCCCCACAUCGAUAAGACAUAUAGUCCCCCAUUGGUUCAUAAAAAGCGUACCGUCGUGUUGAGUGAACAGGCACUGAACAAUCCCUCACCCGACGCUGACGUAGCAGCCGCUAAACCUACCACAGCCAUCACUACUUCACCUAAUACCUUAUUUAUUUUAGGCACUAGUCAAGCAUCGUCAUUGGUCCCAUGCGGUUCUAAAGACAUGUACAGUACUUACUUCCGUCGAGAUCUGAUCGUAUUCAAGAAUUUUGACCCUUUCCGGGCGACCGACAUCUUCGUCUCCUUGAUCAUCCUCUAUGCAACCAUUGUUCCGCUAUUGUUUUCCAACAUGGGACCUGGAGUGAUCACAUUUUUCAUCGUGUUCCAGGCGUUACUCUGGCGAAUUUUUCAUUCUUAUGUCCUUGGGUUUGUGCUAUAUCGUCAAAGCACCGACAAAUUUUACACAAAACACUUCAUCAAGCAUGGAGGUACAGUUCAGGAUGCAUUUCAGAGCUGGAAGAGCAUUUUCAACCUUUCGAACUCGAUGACAUAUGCUACAUUCUUCUUAGCAGCCUUUAAAAUGUAUUCACUGCCAGAAGAUUGGACAUAUGGAACUGUGCUGCUGAGACAUGUAUUGGGCUUGGCACUGAUUGCGUUACAUAUCUGGACAUCUGUUUCGGUCUUUGAGGUCCUAGGUGAUUUUGGAUGGUUCUAUGGAGAUUUUUUCUUGGAAGAAUCGUCAAACGGCCUUUUUUACACUGGCAUCUACCGGUUCGUCAAUAACCCAGAAAAAGUGAUGGGCCACGCGGCAUUCUGGGGGAUGACACUGAUCUGCAGCUCAUGGCCAAUCUUUAUUUUGGCAAUGUUCUCUCAAAUCUCCAAUUUCCUAUUCCUACACUUUGUGGAGUCACCACAUAUGCGUAGGAUCUAUGGCGACAAAGUCCGCAAAGACGCAGGGGUGGUUAAAACUGUUAAAGCGGCAGCGGUCCUGUCCAAAAAAGUUAAAGAUGAUCUGCACAAGAUUCGUGAAAAACUAGGCGAGACGCUUGGUGAAGCUGAGGUCCUCCAAAAGACACGCGAGGUGUCUGAAAAAGCCCAUGAGUUCUUUGUGGAAGGGACAAUACCCAAAAUCCAAGAGAUGGUCUCUAAUUCGAAGGCAAUCCUUGAAAAUUCCAGAGAGAAACUAUUUGUCGCGCGUACUUGGGAUGACAUGGGGGUGUAUGAUGUGUCGCAGUACUCAAUCAAAAUCAUAUGCGAGAAAGACGCUGCGGAACCAACGACAACAAAUGACUCAGCAAUGCCAGUCUUUGAACUGGGUGAAAAAGUUUUAGUCGAAUGGACGGCCCCUUUGAAUCAUGGUUCAAAGGAUUGGAUUGGGAUUUACAAGGUCUUGAGCAAUACUUCUUACAAAUCUACCAAUGUGGCUUCCAAGGGACGGUAUCUGUUCAUUAGUCGUAAUGCUGUCACUAGAGGCGCACCUUCUUCGGAGCAAAGCCAUCUCGAUGAAGACGUUCUGGGUGCGGAUGGUCAUACAGGUAAAGGUGAUGGAGAGGUCAUUGAAGAAGAAAUCAUCUGGGUCAAUAAUCAAGAAAUCUGCCGAGGUCGAGUUGUCUUUUUGGGCGACAAGUUGCCCUGGUUCCCUGGAACCUUUGAGUUCAGAUACCACCACCAUGGACGCUACAAUGUCAUGGCCUAUACAGCACCUUUUGAGAUCACUCUUGAGGCUGAUGAGUCAAAGGACUUAUCUGUAGACUCGGUCAGUCAGAGACUCCUCCCUUAUGUGCAGAGGUGUUUCAGUUUGGAUGAAGAUACGAUGCCCUGCGCAGUGGACGAGCGAUUUGUCAUGAUUAACCAGACAAUUGCUCAGCGGAUAGUCAAGGGCAUCCAUAUGAUGUACGGAAUCGAGUUUGCAUGGGAAGUUGUAGCAAUCGAUAUGUCUUGUCUUCAUUUGGCGAUGCGUAUUAUGACAGCACGACGUGCCUUGGCUCCCUUCACAGUUGCUUCCUCCCCCUCCUUAACAAAUGAAAUGAAAGCUUCAUCAUUACCACUGGCUCCUUCAUUGUUACCAUCUUCGUCCCCAGCAUCAACCUAAAGGAAAG